CUCCUUGGCCAACUUGAAGAGCCCCUCGAAAAGCUGCCCUAUUUGCGAAUGAGAGCCAAUUCAUCGGCCUGCACCAUCCGAGAAAGGGGUCAGCCGAGCCGGAUGAUUGAUGAUUCCUGCCAGUUCCCCGAGGCCACGUCCACUCGACUGCAGAUACUCCUUCUGGACACCGUGCGCCACGAAGGUGCCCGACUGUGGAGCAAAUUGGCUGCAAUGGUACGCCCCUGCGCCUGUGGCGGCGUCCAUCUCUCGGGGGCAACGGGAACAAGUCAUGCGACAAGACUCACAAAACAUUUCGAACAUGACCCGUCCGAGGUCGUCCGUAAGUGCACAAACUGGCUAACAUACGCUGGCAGUCUUGUGAAACGGCUCGAGUCCGACCGAAGCGAUGACAGAGGAGAGGAAAAUGAAGACGAAGCUGAAGACCUUACGACUGGGCAGGAUUUUUCCAUAUCUGCCAGAUUAAUAAGCGAGCCCAGGCGAUUCAUGAAGCUGAUGCGAUGGGCACUUAGCACCAGCAACAAUGAGGCUGAAUGCAUUCUAGCCAAGGUUAGUGUGAAGUGUAGUAUUUAG